UUUGGUGUAGAAACAUGGAAAUUUAAUGUAUGAUUGUUGACUUUUUCGUGAGAAUUUAUGAUCAUAACUGUGCUCAGUUUGUUUUUUGUUUUUGUUUUUAUUAAUGUGGCCAUAGUACUGAUGUCUUUGUAUUUCCGACAUGUCUAAUGCCAAAGUCGGUAAAUCAAUGGAGGAAAUUUAUGUGGUUGCAAAGUAUGAUUAUGAAGCACAAGGUAGUCAAGAACUUGAUAUAAAAAAGAAUGAGCGGUUAAUUCUCUUAGAUGAUAGUAAACAUUGGUGGAAAGUUCAAAAUUCAAGGAAUCAAGCUGGAUUUGUUCCCUCUAAUUAUGUAAAAAGAGAAAAGCCGUCAAUUUUUGAUAGCAUACGUAAGCGUGUACGUAAAAAGAAUGAACCUAAAGUUUCUUCUCCAUCUUCCAGAGUUGCAUCAAAAGAGACUGAUUUGAAAAAUAUUGCGCCUCGAGUUACAACUCCAGCAAAUAAAAUAUGCUUGAAUACUACAGCUGUUGUUAAAUAUAAUUAUGAAGCACAGCAAACUGAUGAAAUAUCACUUGUAAAAGGAACAAGAGUUAUAGUUAUGGAAAAAUCUAGUGAUGGAUGGUGGAAAGGUGAGAGUAACAACCAAAUUGGAUGGUUCCCUUCCAACUACGUUCAGGAAGAACCUAAAGAUGUUCCAGAAGUUACAUGCAAUUUACCUGUUGAUGAAGAACCUGUCACUGUGACAUAUCAGAAUGUCUUGCAAGGGAAUGAUAUUGUAGUUGCAUUAUAUACCUUUAAUUCCCAAAGUGAUGAAGAACUCAGUUUUCAGAAAGGUGAACAAUUAGAAGUUGUAGAACGUCCACUGAAUGACCCAGAUUGGUGGAGAGCACGAAAUAAUAUAGGACAAAUUGGUCUAGUGCCAAAAAAUUAUCUUCAGAUAGUAUCUCCUGGUCGAUCUGUAACAGAUUCUAGUGAUUCUGAUGCUAUCCCUUCAAAGGCUGAUGAAGGCCCCAGUAUUGCAGUCAAUGGAUCACAGCAUGAACAUACAAAAUCACCUCUAGGGGCAAGUGGAGGUUCACCUUUGGUUAAACAACGGAGUAAAGGAAGCUGUGAUAGACCCUGGUAUGUAGGGAGUAUUACACGCAGCGACUGUGACAGGAUGCUCAAUGAAUUUGCUGAAGAUGGAGAUUUUGUAAUCAGAGAUAGUGAAACAAAUGCUGGAGAUUUCUCAGUUUCCUUGAAAGCUCCAACUAGAAAUAAACAUUUCAGAGUUCACAUGGAGGAUGGUGUUUAUUGUAUUGGGCAGCGUCGAUUUAAUUCUUUAGAUGAACUUGUAGAGCACUACAAGAGAGCUCCAAUAUAUACUGGUCCAGAUGGUGAAAAGUUAUAUCUUAUCAAACCAUUCAGAAAACCACUUUGAGAAACCAUGGCUGAUAGUCUCAGUAAUUGUUUCGUACAUUUUUUUAAGACUGCUUCCUUUUUUUAUCUCGAUAUAUAUAUAUAUUUCAUAAAUUUGGGCGAAAAUAUCAAAUAAGUGAUAUUAAUUUUAAAAAUUUAUUUCAGUUGAAAUGGAUUUUUCAUUUUUUUAGUCAAAACCUUGUAUAAAAGUAUGCUUUUAUUAAUGACUGAUCAUAUAUUACUGAAGUGAUCUAUAAAAUCAGUAAUAUUAUUAUGUGAAUUCUCUUAAAUUGAAAAAGGCUGAUGCAAGAGAAAAAGUUACAAUUUCAUAAAAGGUAUAUUAAUGUGGGUUUAAAUCAGCUUUAUUAUAUUUUGUUGACUUUUAAAGUAUUUAUCUUUUUAUUGGCAGCUAAGUUUAUUCAUCAUGUGCAUAGCAUUGGUGCAGCUGUUUUUUAGUGAAGUUUUUACUGAACUCGACUUUCGCAGCUCUUUAAUUCAGAUAUGCCAAAUAUACCAUAUUUAUGAUGGAGAAAGUUAUUGUGUGAUCACGGGUUGUCCAUAUUUAAUAUUUUCUAUUGCAUUAUCAUUAAAACUGCUAUUUCUGAAAUUUUAUUUAUGGUGCGAGACUGAAGAUUAGGAAUUGUGCAUAAGUAUGAACUGUUGUAAUGCCAAACAUUAUAGAAGUUAAUUUUUCUACAAUAUGAUAAAUUUAACUAAUAGGCAUAGUUUUAAUAUGUGAAUAUUACUUUGUAAGGAGCAUGUUGACUCAGAAAGUAUAUACUUAUUAAUGGAGUUUGAAUUAAAGUGCUUGGUAAGAAAGGAUCACUAAAUGUUAGUUUUUUGUUUACUUUUCGAACUUAUCUGAUUUUUUAAAAAAUUUUACAAGAUAGGAAAAUAGGUGCCCAAAAGUAAUUUUUUUACGACAUUUUAAAGUUUUGUGCCUUUAUUUAUUCUUAUUUAUAUGUUAUGAAUUUUUACCUUCAAAAUUUGCAUUUCUGCAAUGUGUGUAAUUUUAUGUUUAUUUUUAUCAUUGAGAAAAUAAUAUCAAAUGCUUUAAAAUUGUGUUAUUUGGAAUUUAGUUAGAACUUUAAUAUGAAAGGCUUUGUAUAACGCUGUGAGUUAUAACCAUGUUUAUAUAAUUGUGUUGAAAUGUACUUAAUACAUGUGUAUAUUUAAGAGGCAUCUUAACAUUAUACUGACAGAUUUAACAUCAGAUCAUCAAAGAGCGAAGUUUUACUGUUUUUAAGUUUGAAUUUUAACUUCAGUUUUAUGCUUACCAGAGCAUAUAUAUUACAUGUUAAGUGAUGAAAUUUAUUUUUCUAAUUUUAAAUUCAUACUUUACAGUGCUGUGAUUUGAAAUACCCAAACUGUUUUUCAGUGUUUACAAAUUUUAUGUACUGAUUUUAAUUAUUUAUUCCCCCUGAAACUAUGCAUAUUUGUUUUUGAAGGAAUGGUCUAAUUGCAUAGAAAUAUAAUUUUAAUUCACAUUUAAAAUUUUGUAUAUAAAUGUAAAAAGGCCAAAAGCACAUAUUGUAUUCCUUGUAUGUAAAUUGAUCUAAUUUCAGCCAAGCAUAAAAAGCACCUUUUGCAUAUUAAUAUUGCUUACAGAAUAAUACGUUGUAAAGUUAUUAAAUGAUCAAAUACAUUAAAUUAUAAACUAGUGGAUAAACUGAAUUUUAUUUUAAAAAAUGUGUUCAUUUUACAAUGAAAAUAGACGUUUAAUGAAAAAUAUUGAUGCAUUUAAAUGGUAAUGAUCUGAAAGUUAGAUUUUUUAAAUAUUUUAAAAAAAUUUCUGUUAAUGCAGCUAAUAUUUUUUAAAUGUAAAUCUCUGAAUUUAAGAACAUUAUUUUAUUAAUGAAGUUAUUUAAGCUUCAUUGAUUAAAAGUGUUUACUCUUCUUUAUCUUAUCAAGUUCUGUGUGCUGUUGGGAAUUUGGUUAGUAAUGCAUUUUAUGAUUGCUGGAGCUAAUCUGUUUCUGAAGUAUCAUAUAAAACAUCCAUAGGCUGACUAUUAAUGCUGUACUUAAAAUUUGUCAUAAAUGAGGAUUAGCGAAAACAGUAAUGAUACUUUUACAAAUAUUAUGUAUACAUUAUUUCAAAUAAGCAUUGACUUCUGUUACUUGAUAGUUUCUAAAAUACAGUUUUUGUCUGCUGCUGCCUUUUUAUUACAUAGAACGUGUGCUUCAAAAGUUUUCUUUGCUGUGAUAUUUUUCAUAUAUAAUAUAAUGAAGUAUCACAUAAUACGCGACAUUAAAUGUAAGUGAUAUUUGUAAUUGAAAUUUUAAAAUAUUGCAUGGCAGUGGAUUGGUAAGAUAAUAUGCAACAUUAAAUAUGAUAUGUGUAAUUGAAAUUUUAAAAUAUUGCAUGGCAGUGGAUUGAUAAUUUUUUUUUGGGGGGGGGCCCGAGAAAAGUAACAACUUUUAAUAGAUUAAAAUUUAUGCACGCGUGCACACAAGGAUUGGAGAAGCUUAUAUGAUUGAAAAAAGUGGAUUCUGUUUUUCCAUUUUGCUUUGCAAAUUAUACAAAAUAUUGCAUCAUGACAUUCUAAAAUGCCUGCAUAAUGUAUAUUUAAGUAUGGAAAAGUCAUGUUGCUAAAGUAACAUAAUAGCUUAUGACAGUUAAUAUGACCAAUUAUAUCUAAUAACAAAGUCAAUAAAAUUUUACACCCAAGUGCAUUUUUAUGUAAAUGUAGUUAAUAUAUAAAUGAUGACGUUCACUCAGUUCAUGUGUUAAAACAUUUUAUGCCCAAGGCUCACUGCUAUUAACAUGGCCUUAUAUAGAAGAAAAUAUUCUAACAUCCUUUUUCUUUGGUAAUAUUUCUUUAUGGGUUUUUGUUAAUCUGUUUUUUAAUAAACCUCAUCUCCUCUUAUUUGUUAAACAUAUCAUUUUUAUUACAUAAUUCUUGCAAGUGUAAUCAUAUUAGCAAAUUCAUCUUAAUCUUUUCAGAACACUGAAGAAAUUCAUGUGUGUGGACCUUGUUGGCAGUAUAUCAGUUAAGUUUAACAUUUCAGUGUCAAUAUUUUCUUCAUUCAUCAAAAUUAUUUUUAACUUUAUUUACCAAAUAAAUUUUUUAUGCAAAGGAUGCAACAUUUCAAGUUUUAUUUUGAUUUGUUGUGUGGACAAAAUUAUGCAGCAUGUAAUGCAGCCUGACAGUGGCACACAGUGGUUUAAGAGAUGUGCAUUUAUAGACUUCUAUGCAUUCUUAAGAAAUAUAAAAUAAUAUUUUAUUCUGCAUGAUCUCUAUUUUUGCAUGAAGGAAUAAAGAAUGUGAACUUGAAUGAUCAGAAUAUGUGGCAGCCACAUAAUUUUUUUCAUUAAAAAUGUCAGAGUAACUGAAUUUGCCUUAUUAACAAAAAAGGGUUUGUUCUCUCAAGGAAGAAGGUGGAAUGUUUGGGACAAGUUUGCAAGAGUUUUGUUAAAAGUAGUAUAUUUUCUGUUUUCUCUAGUUGUUAGAAUGUUGAUUGUUUAAUUAAAUGUUUCAAUACAAAUAUGUGCUGCAAAAAUUUAAAAAAAUCAUAAUGCAGAUAUCAGACGGUAUGGCACAGCUGCCAACUCUCCCAGUUUUUCAACACAUCUUCCGGCUUCUUGACAAAUUGCAGAAUCUCCUGGUUUUUAAUUUUUAACCUUUACUAAUAAGUGUUUUUCAGCAAUAAAAUUUGAACAGUUCCGUGUUUCAUUUUUGAGUUCAUUCUCCUAUCUCUAGUGAUCCUCAGCAUUAUUUUUCUCAUAAAACUUUUUUUGAUGUGAAUUUCUUAAUCUACUAAAGAUGUUUAUAGAAUUUUAUAUGAAGAUUCAACCAACUCAGUAAAUAUUUAUAUUUAAUUUUACUUUACAUCAGUGUCUAGAAUUAAGUCUAUUUUGGAACAGGAAACAUGAAAAUAUAUGCAGUGCCUUCACUGGGAUUGGAAAUCCAGACCUUCUAGCUUCUCAUAUCUCCAUGUACUCCACAAAGUUUAUUGGGGGGGAAGCUUUGUACCUAGUCUCCAAAUCCUGGUAGUGAUGAAUUUUCAUUCACCACAUUUUAGUCAAUACCACUAUAAAGCAAUUUUUCUAAUUUUUAGAGGCAGGAGAUGUAAAAAAUAUGCUGUGCCCCUUCUGGGCUUCAAAAGUUCAGACUUGAUCGCUAGUAAAAAUAUGUGCGCUUUCCAAAAUUAAAAGUCCAUACCUGAUUGCUAGUAGGAUGUGCUUCAGGUAUGCCUCUGGCACAUGGUAAGGAGGGAGAAAGUACCUUACAAAUAUAUGUGAUACAUUACUAAGUUUAUCUGCACAAUCAUAAUAUGUACAUUAAUUACUAAUUUUAUUUUUACCAUAUUUAGAAGUACUCCGGUAAUUUAAGACUUUCCUUGCCUAUUCAGUAUUUUCUCAGGGUAUAAGAAAGUGUCAAAAUAAAAUUAGUGAAAGAACAUAAAAUGUUGAAUCUGUAAUUAAAUAUCAAUAUACUUCAUUUCCGAAUCAUCAUAAAUAGUUGAAUAAAUUGAAUCAUGCUAUAAAGCGAAUUUAAAUUAAUUUUGAGAUAUUUUAAAAUGUUGCAACAUGAAGCCUUUUGGCAACUCCAGGUUUCUGAUGGGUGAACUUCUCAGUUUUUCAUAUUUCAAGGUUUACACCUAUGGUAUUCUAUGUCCCUUUUGAGAUCUUUUCUCUUUCAUUUUUUGAAUGAGUUUUUCGUUUUCGGGUUUUUAUUCAUGAGGUGGUUUUUGUUUUAGUUGUUUAUUUAAAAUAAUUGCAAAGUGAAGGUGACUGUUAAUGUAUUGAUGGUAUUUUUGUAAAUUAUAUCAUUCUGCAUUUACAUGUAUAUCAGGAAUACUUCAUUUUAAAAUUUGUUGAGAGAAAAUUCAUGUGAUUUGAGAACUCUUCCUUUGAAAUAAUGUAGCCAAAAAUAACAUAUCAAUGCUUAGUUGAUUUAGUGCAGCAGUUUCAUCAUUUAGAUAAUGAGAAAGAAAUUGGCUAGUUCAUAAUCAUGGCAUGCACGUGUGCUUUGAUAUUAAAGAGACUGCAUUAGUAGACUCUUUCAAAAAAUUUUUUGACUGGUUUAUGUUGCAUUAUAGCAUCGUACAUUUAUCAUUGUGUAAUUUGGAAGGUGUUGCCAUUGCGUUAGGGCAUAUGAUCUUUAUUUUCCUUAUAGUCUUACAAAUACGUCGCUCUCAGAGUGUUACUAAUUUGGCAAAGCAGAUGGUCUUUAUCUUUCAGGUCAGUCUGUAAUACGUCAAUGAAAAUAAUUGUUUAAAAUUAUUAUAUGUAUUUCAUAGUAAUUUGUCUUUAUUUUUAGAAUAAUAUAUCCAACUGAUAAUUUGCAAACAUUUGCAGCAUUAUUAUAGGUACUUAUUGAGCUUGCAAUAUACUAAGAUGUUUCUAAUGCUACAUCUUGCAUAAUAAGUACAUAACCUUUGACAUUCACUAGCAGUUGUAUACAGCAGGGCAUUCUUCAGGUUGGCAUUUAGACACACAUUUCUGGAGUAAAAAGCAGAAAAGAAGCUGACUGUAGAAAUUGGUUUUUAUUUGUGUUUAAUUAAUACUUUUGAUGAAGGAGCUGUCAUGACAUUGAUACUGUUAGUUUAAAAAUUUAAGUCAUAAAACAUUAUUGGCUGUUUCAAACUGUUAGUUUUACUCUAUAAUUAGUAUCAUGACAAGCGAAAAGGGAUUGAAGAAAUAAACAUGAUUGAGAAUUGCUGUUUUUUUAUUUUAUGCAAACUGAAGUAAUGUGUAAGGAUUCACUUCAGAUGAUUACGUAAAGUGAAUGCCCAGCACAAGUAUGCAGAAGACAUUUUGUAAUAAUGGAUGAUGUGACUGGUUAUUAUUUUUUUUAUGUGGAAACCAUUAAUAAUGUUUUAUAGCAGUUAUUGUACAUAAAAUCUCCAGCAUUGGGUUUUAAGCACUGUUUUCUGUCAUAAAAAUAUCAUUUCAUGUUAUAUAUAUAUAGAACAUUUGCCCUUGAAAACUCUCUCUGCUUUUAAUUUGACUUCAAUAGCAGAAUUUAUCCUACUAGCAUCUUCUUUUAGGCUUUUUUUUUUUUUUUUUUAAGUUUGUUAUAAUUUUAAGAAGUAAUUAUCUUAUGUUGUUGAUAUCGAUAAUUUUAAAAUAUUAGUAAAAGCAUAUGGA